UGCUGCUUGGAGUCACAGGCCUACUCUACCACAGGGCACCACGGGAAGAGGAGGUGGCAAUGUGGGCGGUGAAAUAACCCGCGCCAGGACAGAGGGAACAGCCAAAGUCUCCCCUCCCUCCCGCUUCUUCUGACCCGGGAGGAGAGUUUGCCUAGCAGCCAGUAAGCAAGAACCGUGUAAGAGUUAAUUUGCAGGUCAAACAGUCUGAGCCUCUGGAUGCAGCCGGCUUCUUUGGAAGAGACUCCCUCACUUUUAUGGGGUUUAGAUCCAGUCUUUUUAGCCUUUGCAAAACUGUACAUUAAAGACAUCCUAGAAUUAUCGGAGUCCAAGCAAGUUCCAGGUAUAUUUUUCUACAAAGGGCACCCAAUAAAACAAGUUGACAUCUUAGGAACGGUGGUCUUUGUAAGAGAGAAGGAGAACUUUUACAGCUAUGGAGUGGACGACAGUACUGGAGUCAUCAGCUGCACAUGCUGGAAGAGCACGGCACAGACAGAAGUCUCUAAUCAAGAGACUGCUGCUCGCCACAUUCCCUCCAGUUCCAAGGAUUUGGAUGCAAUGAUGAAAGAACUGUACAAAGAGGAGAAUAAGAAAGCCAAGAUGGAUAUUGGAGACAUUAUCAGGGUUCGAGGGAGCAUCAAGGUGUUUCGUGAGCAAAGAGAGAUAGUCGCUUCUGUUUUCUACAAAGUGGAGGACCCUACAUUGGAUAUACAAAUGGCAAGGAUGUUAGAUCUUCCCUACAUGUACAGAAAUGUCUAUGACGAGCCGUUUGCUAUACCAGACUCUUUCAAAAAUGCAUCUGAAGGAAAGAAUGAUCACGGUAUGGUAACACAGGCACAUCUGAUCACCCAACUGAGUGAAAAAGUGAAAGUUUUUCUUAUGGAGAACAAAAUUCACAAUUUUUAUCAGAGGGAGUUAGAAAGUGUUGACUCCUUGAUUGCUAUCGCGAGCAGUCCUGUUAGUGAUUGCAAGGCUGAGCCCAAGGAUAGUUCUAGCUCUAAACAAAUCCACAACAUAUUCAAAGAAGCCAUCAAAGUGCUGCUAGAGGGAGGCUACAUUUUUCAAAAAGGGCCAAAUCAGGAGGUUUAUCAGGUCACUGAUCAGGAUAAAGAUUUACACAAACGAACCCUUAGCAUCAUUCAAGAAGACUGCAAAAGGCAAAAGCAUGCAGAAAAAGGCUGCCACUUUCUCUAUAUCUUGACCUGUGUCCGGCAGAGCUUUGGCUCCAGCGUCCGUGAGACUGUACUGCGGCGUGUCAUUGACACCCUGGAAGGAAACAGCGAUAUUGACUUCAAUUUCAGCUGUUUUCGUGACUUUGGGUAUUUCGGCGCUUUGGGACUUGGGCUGUCCGGCUUUUCGGCAUUUCUGCAUUUCGGCUGUUCGGGACUUCAAAAACGGACGCACGGCUUCGGCGCUCUCAAGGGGGGUCCGGCUCUUUCAAAAGUGCAGUCCCGGGUCCGGGACACUUGUCCCCCCCCUGAUGGCAACCCUGCGUUUAGCAUCUGGCAGAAACCUAGUGGAUGCUCUAAUCAGCCUCUGCAUUGCCCCUGGCCAUGCUCUAAGCAAACAUUUUUCCUUGGAGCCAAAAAACUUUUAGAGGCUGGUAAAUAUGAAAUAUUUGUAUCUAUUAUGGCAUUGAGCACAAAGUUACCUAGUUUGGAACGUUGCCUUCAGAACCUUCUAAAUAAAGAUAGAUGAAGGUUUGAAGGCACUUCCAUGCGUUGGACUUUUGCAUUCCCCUGAAUGAUCUCAUAAUGUCAAACCAGGAGGUCUCUUUCAAUAUAUUGACAUUUAGGGGCCCUUUUUAAUAAAAUUUGAAUUUUAUGUUUUCUCCAAA